ACUAAUUACAAUGUAGCUACGUAGGAUUCCAUCUGCACAUGUGCAUAGGCAGGUAGACGCUGACUGGAAUAAACUGUGACAAUUUCACUGCGCGUGGUGUGUAAUAUACGUGCAUUAUUGGAUGAACCGGUAUGCUCCUGAUGUUCACAUCUUAAGGAAUUGGGAAUAUACCUCUCUGUUCAGAUGGUCUUGUGAAUUAUCUUACUGGAUUCUGUUGUUUCUUCCAGACAGUCGUGCUGGAUUAGCUGGACAGAUCUUGUACAAGGAAAAGGAUAGCAGUCACAACCACACACCCGCAUCCCUCAGCUAACCGUCACAUCAGAAGAGUGCUACUUAAACAUUUAGUGAAUCUUUACAUUGGAUCACCGACCCACCUUUCAGUCUAGUAUCGGGAGCAUUCGAGUGAGCACGUUUACAAGAAACGAGCACAGUAAGUGCCGUGGAUCCCUAUCAAGAACACAAGUCUAGCUUUAAAGGCCCCAGCAUUUUGGAAUUGACCAUGUGUGAUGAUGGAUCUCGAUUCUAGAGUGUGUCUGAUGCGCUACAUUGCCUAAGUACAUGUAGCUCCUCAUGGAUUAUUCCUGUUGGUGUCCUCACAAGGAAUCUGCAGCUUUCUGUGAGACAACAUACUUUCUCUUGAUGAGUGGAAAUCACACAAGCUACUGUAUUGAUUACUGAUGCUUUUAAGGUAUGCUUUACAGGCUCCCGUCAAAUGCAAGGAAAUAGUUGCAAAUUGAUGUAAAUUGAAGUUCCUCAUGGAAAUAGUUGUCUCGCAAUUCUCUACUUCAAAGGAUUGUGUUGUGCUGUGUCACAUCCUGUUUGCCGGAGGUGAUAUUUUGUGAAUUAUCGUCCUGCUUCUGGAUAUCACCAUUUUCUACAAGAUACUUUUCCCUGGCGAUUCAUAACCAAUCGUUCUAAUCAUCAAAACGAUCGUGAAGUGUAGUAGCCGUCUAGUUCCCCCCGCGAGGUAUCUUCCUACGAUUGAUGAUCCCUAACACACUCUGAGAAUAAUUCCAUACUUCGCUUCACCAGAGCAUAAUUGGAUCACCUUAUCUCGUAUUAGUGUCUGCGUUUUGCCCAGAACACCACAGCAUUUUGCGGCCACCAUGAAUUUCCUUCGGCGACGUUUUUCAGACCCAAACUCGCUGGGCAAUGUCCCCAAUGGAUAUUUUCAGAAUAUCGGAUCUGAUGAUACCAGAGAAAAGACUCUGGCAGCUGCAUCUGUUCCUCCUAAGAGAGAUCUUGGCUUCUUGAGUUCAUUAACGACAGGCAAACAGCAGGAAAGAACCAAGUGUAAGACGUUACUGGUCAUUGAUGACCAACACACAGACUGGCCCAAAUAUUUCAGAGGCAAAAAGAUCCAUGGAGAAUUUGACAUCAGGGUUGAACAGGCUGAGUUUUGUGAGCUGAAUCUGGCUGCAUAUGAAGAUGGUGGAGUCACUGUCGAUCUGAGAGGGCACAGACAAGGACAAAAGAUUGUCAGGACCUUCAAGCCAGAUUUUGUUCUCGUCCGUCAGCAUACAAGAAGCAUGGAAGUUCAAGAAGAUUGGAAGAACAUUGUCAUCGGCUUUCAGUAUGGUAACAUCCCUAGUAUCAACUCAUGGCAAGCAAUCUACAACUUCAUGGAUAAACCCUGGGUUUUUGCUCAACUGACCAAGAUGCUAGAGAAACACGGAAGAGACAGGUUUCCCUUGAUUGAUCAGGCCUUCUACCCCAACCACAAGGAGAUGGUAAGUUUGUACUCUGUCUCGUCUCUCUGUCUCUCUGUGUCGCUCCGUCCUGAAUUCAUGGCAUGAUUAAUUGGAUUGAAGUCUCUAAGCUGGGAUGGUAUGGCUGGAGGCUUCUACGGUAGCCGCUGCCAAGGUAGCGCUGCGCUCUGCCUCCAAUCAAUAUUAAUACCCAGACUGGGAUUUGGAAGGCAGAUUGCAAAAACAACAAACAUUGUGUCCGGCAGACAUUGUAGCAACCCUGAUCGCCAAAAAAUAAAGAAAGGAAUAUUCUUUAAAAACAAAUACAAAUAAAUUGGCAAGGUUUCUGUAGGUUGGUUUUCUUUUUGUAGUAUAACACACACGAUGCACCCAUUUUCUUAAAUUUCCAUGGUCUAAUGCGUCAAAGUGAUUAAAAGUAAAUUUUAAUCUGUCAGCCAAAACUUCCCAGUUCUUUAGAGAUGGAAAAAAAAACGUGACCGACUUAAUUCAUUCAAAUGCAUGCACCUUUACCUUUCGUAAGCAUUCAUAAAAUUGAGGAAAUUUUUUUUUUUGAACAAAGUUGUGUUUUGGAGAGUUUCAUGGAGAUAAGUGGCAUUGAUUUGAAGCACUUGAAAAUGAACUGAAACGAAGUAACUGCAAGAACGUUGUUUUCCAAUACAUGCAUGUUGUGCAAAUAUCGGUAUAUCAGAAAGUGUUGUCUACUUUGCAUGUUGAUACAAGCAAACAGCCUUUUCUUUGCCUAGCCUCACAUCCAUACCAUCUCAGUUGAUUCUCUUCUUAAACAAACAUCUCCAUGAAACAAGAAGACUACUCAGGCAAUCUGAUUGCCAGGCUAAUAGGAUCACAAGGCCAGUUAAACCGGCCUAAUCUGAACUCCACGACGACAAAAGACCAUCGGUUCCUUAGGCCUGAAGAUGAUGAGGCCUCUCAGAUGAGCGAGCAUCUAAGAUGAGUCUUGAGUAGAUCCAAUAAGACAACUCAUUAUGGAUGCAUGAGAAAUGAUAUCAAGGAGGUGAACGUGCACUUCUUGAUUCACAUUAUAGACGACCAGCUUGUUUCUAGUUCAGUAGUUAUGUGGCUUUAUAACUGAUAUCCUGCCAAUGUGCAUGACAAUACACUGUAUCAUGUAAAGUGCUUUGAAAUUACGCUAUUAUGUCACGUCCAUGUAUUGCCCCCUUUUUUUCUGUCCUUAAGCUGAUUGUAUCAUAGCCGAUUGGCAGUGUGUCAUCAAUGGGUUUUAUAGAAGCUCUUUCUGAAACGGACCCCAUUGGAAAUGGAAUGUGAUGCUAGUGUUCAAACUAUAAAAGUUCAAACUGUAAAAAUUUAACUGUAAUUUCCUCAUGUAAAUUCGAUACAAUGUUUGGAUUUAAGCCGAGUUGAAAAUUAAACUUUCGUUAUCUUUUUGUUUUUAAUUACUGCCAAUAUUUUUCAGUUAAUUUGGAAGAAAUGAUUGUAACUGAUUGUGGCAGCCCUGUACAUGUACCUUAGUUACUGGUAAAUAACUAGAUGGCGAUAUUGUGACGGCUUUUGGCCUAGUGAAGUUGUCCCUGUAGUAUUACCGUUAUUGCUAUCACAGUCUCCAGUGAUUAUGCUAUCUUCUUUCAUUUCCUCGCUGAAUUAACCAAUGCAUUUGAUCUGAUUCUUCACACCUUCUUAAUUAACUUCAUAAUUUGAUCUCGGCCAAAUUCUUGAAUUCCCUAAGCAAUGUUAGGAGGUGUACGGUACUUCCAUGUUAUUUCAGGAUACAUUUUCUGAUGGUUUGUCUUGAAAGAGGAACAAUAUUUGAACAUCAAUUCUACCUGUAGUUUUAUAACAAGAAGAAUUAGUAGUUAGCAGGGUAAUGCAUUCUACAUGUAUAGCAGUGCAUCUACAGAUGUACAUCAUUUAAAAAUUACUGAAAAGUCACAUACACAACCAAUUAGAAAUGUUCAGUAUUUUCCUCAACAGUAAACAUAAACUUUAUUAAAUAUGAAUAUUGCAAAUAAAAUGAACAGACAAGUACAUGCAAGUCAGACCGAAGUGCAUUACAUUAAAUUAAAGAUUCAAGGAAAUGAUUCAAAGUCAGCUAGCUGUGAAACUGAACAAAUAAUAUAAUAAAUUAUAAUACUUUAGUUUAAGCAUAAUUUAAGACAUUACUAAGAGCAUUUGUGGCUUACUUAUGUACAUUGUAACAUUUAUGAAUUUAUACAUGAAUUUAAACAGGUUUUUGGAAUCAAAUGGUUGAAUUUGUACUAUGCAACCAAAUCACAUAGAUGGAAACAUUAAUGGUUUUGAGAUGCCCUGUCAUAAAGAUAUUAAGGAUUACUUAGUACAUAUUGAAAUUGUUUUUCUUCAAAAUUUGUUCAUUUUUCUAAUGAGGUACUCUUAUAUUUGACAUUUAAAAAAAAUUGACACAAAAUAGUGCAGAAAUGGUACGCUGCAACAAAAAUAGCCAAAACAAUAAACUGUAAACCAGCCGCUGUUAAACUUAUCACUAUUAAUCAAAUGAUACAAAUUCUUAAAAUGAUUUUUGUAUCCAUUAAGUUUAUGUCAAAGUUGUCUUACACGAGGUCACGGUGUUCCACAAAUUAUACAUUUGAACAAAUCUAUUGUACGUUUACAAUAAUGCCAAUACUUUAAGCAUAAA